AUGACGCUUAUUACAGGUUUGCCCAUCGAGCUCUUGCAUCACGUCGCGUGGUACUGUGCGCCGCACGAUGUUCUUGCGUUGACCGAGACCUGCCGACUGCUUCGGAACACGUACGACAAUACUUUGUUCCGGCAGGUGUUCGAAUACAAUAUUCCCCAAGUCUCGUCACGGUCAAUUACGAGCGAGAAAGCUUUGGUGACCUCCAUUACCGAUCAAUUGAGUAGGGUUACUCAGCGGCCUCUGCAGGACCAGGCUUAUUAUCACAGAGCAUGGUGGAAGUAUCUUGCUGUGGCCGCGUCCCGCUUGAGCUUCCUUGGAAAAGACAUACGCACACAGGUCAGAUCGGUUUCAAUGGUGACCUCGGCGAUGAGCGCAGAUGGCCUUACCGGGAUCGCUGAACUUUCAGAGAACGUUGAACCUCUGAAAAGAACUAUUGGGCUUCUGGCUACGUCAGUGGUCUGGGGAUGUCUAUCGGCUUGCGAUGAGGAUGUCAUGCAUGCCCUUAAUGAGCUCUGCGCCUGUACAUACUCUGACAAACCGGAGCUUGAAACGGCUGAACAAAUAUUGAGCUCUUCACUGGGUUUGGAAACCUCAUUCUGCUCGGCCAUUUGUGCCAUACAAAAUUCUAGGGGAUCACAGCCCGAUCCCGAAGGUGAUCUGGAUCAAGAUGGUGAUCAUGAGCAGGAUGAACUUAACAUUGAUUUCACUGAUAAUGCCAUGAGGCGCUACUUGGAUACGUCUUGGGACAACAAUACCUACGGGAAUAUUCUUCCGAGCAUCGCACUGCUCUUGUGCGCUGUAGCUGCACGCGUCUGUCUGCGGCAGGAUCCAAAGGCAGAGAAUGCACCCCCACCCCCGGAAAAUAUCCCAUUCUUUUCGCAGGCGAGGAGACAGCCAUCGCCCGACGAUCAAGCUCCUACUGUGGUAACUAGCGGCCUAGCGGAGAGUAUCCCCUUGCCCACAGCCACUAGGGUAUCAAGGGACAAGGAAGGCCCUCCUUACUCGCUACCAGCUAGCUGGUUUUGGGAGUUGUGGUAUAAGGCACGGACUAGAGCUCUCAUCAACGAUAUCGAUUCAUGCGUAUGGGAAGGGAUGUAUACAUACGGGCUAAGUGGCCGGUCUCGUAAUGGCCGGUCUCGCAAUGACCCGUUGAUGAGACACAUUCGGUUCCAUAAAUCGUCUGAAUCAGACCAUCAAAUCGAAAUAGUGGCAUCGGCAUGCAAAGAUGGGAUUGGGGAAUUUACGUUGGAAGGGUCUGUGGAUCUGGAGACCUGUGGUGUCAUGAUCCAGAAGAGAUAUACUGGCCGCCAUGGUUUCCAAUGGAGAGGCGCAGUAACGCCACUGGGAAUCUCAGGGUGCUAUUUAUCAAACUGGAACGAGGAUGUUCCGUUGGGAGCAUUUUGGCUGUGGAGACGUGAUUGGAAAAGUGUGAUUUGA